ACAAAAUGCCGGUGAGAAGCAAGCACGCAACUGAGGUCGGAGCACUUCCUGGUAAACAUGCUGGCAUUGCUGUGUGACACCCUUUGCCUGAGGGUCUGGGGGCUCAGCAAUUGGCUGUGCUCCUCGUAACAACUCAGACAAAGUGUGCUGGGAGGGAAUUUGAUUCAGUCAAUCUAAAUGGUAGAGAUGGCAUGUUUACACCUAGGGACAGUACCAUUUCUAAAACCCAUUACUUGAGAAAUAGGUGUGCAAACAAAAAUAUGACAAUAGGCCAACCUUUUCUUGCUGCUGUUUCAUAAAAGGACUUUUUGCAAGUUAAAUUCUUGAAGGCAAUCAGUAGGCUGGCUCUACGUUUCAUAUAGCUGCGUAAGGACAGUAUUUGAAGUUUAAAUGCAGCAGACCCCAAAGGAUGAUGGAAUUCAGUGCACUCUAGCUUUCUCUCUAAACUUUGAAACCAUUCAUGGAAGCUGAUGGGAAUGCCCUUGUUCCCUUGCGUCAGAAGGCAAAAAAGAAAAGUCAAGGGUUCUUUAUAAUGAGUCGACGGAGGAUAUCGUGUAAAGAACUGGGGCAAGCUGAUUGCCAAGGAUGGCUCUACAAAAAGAAGGAAAAAGGAGCUUUCAUUGGCAACAAAUGGAAAAAGUUCUGGUGUGUGCUGAAGGAGUCGUCGCUGUAUUGGUACAGCAGUCAGCUGGCUGAAAAAGCAGAAGGAUUUAUCAGGCUUCCAGAUUUCAGUGUGGACAGAGCAACGGAAUGCAAAAAAAAGCAUGCUAUUAAGAUCAGCCACCCACAGAUCAAGACAUUUUAUUUUGCUGCAGAAAAUGUUCUGGAAAUGAACACGUGGCUAAGCAAGCUGGGGAUGGCUGUAGAUCCUCAGGCACCCAAUGGGAAGAGUGAAGAAGAAUGCUAUAGUGAAAGUGAACAUGAUGACCCAGAAAUAACAGACACACCACCUCCCUCGUACGUGGCCGAGCCUCCACCUCCUCAUUUGCAGGAUCAACAGAAAUGCUCUUUGACAUCAGCUCUGUCAAGUGAAGCAUCUUGUUCUCUUUCCUCUCCUGAGAGCACUUUCAAUUCCCAAGAAUCAUCAUCUUCCUUGAUGUCCAAGGUGGUUUAUUCUGAGAGGCAGUCCCUGCUUGACCUCGUUAACAACUCUGCCAUGGAAGAGAGUGAGAGUGAUCAGCCUUUAACUUUCUGCGUACAGAUUCAAUCUGAUGAGCAGCUGGAAGUAGACUGUGGAGAAACAGCAGAAAGUCAGAUCUGUCCGGGUGGUGGACCCCAAAACACUUUUUUAGGUCUGGAUACACAUUGCCUAAAUGUGCCAGAUGCAGCAGGACAGAAAUCGCUAGACAAAGAUCAUGAAAAAUGUGCUGAUGAUGAGAUGGAGAGACUUUACAAGUCAUUAGAACAAGCAAGCCUGUCUCCCAUUGGUGAUCGUCGGCUGUCAACCAAGAAGGAGCUGAGGAAGUCGUUUAUCAAACGCAGCAAAAACCCCUCCAUUAAUGAGAAACUCCACAAAAUUCGAAUGCUGAACAGCACAUUAAAGUGUAAGGAACAUGACUUGGCUACAAUUAACCAGUUGUUAGAAGACCCAAAGUUGACGGCGAUAAAGUACAGAGAGUGGAGGAACACAAACAUCAUGCUAGUCCAAGAUAUCUAUCAGCAGCAGGAGGUCCAGGAUGUGUCCACAGAGAACAGCGAGGAGCAAGAGACAACUCCACUGCCUAUCAAUGAAAGUGCUAUCUGAAGCCAUGGAUUGACAGUUGAUUGCAAGAUUUUUUUCCCAAAGCGUCUUCACAUACAGGCACUUUAAAUUUCUGCAUUGCGAGGUUUGUUUUUUCCAAGUGUUCUUCAAGGAAAACAGUCUCUUCUCCAAAACUUUAUUUCGUUUUGCAAAUUCCCCCAAAUUAAAAAAAGGAUGCUUGAAUAUGGGCUAAGGAGUAUAUUUUAUGAAGUAGCGAAGAAAUAUUUUUCCAUAUUGGGAGAAGUAAGUGGUGUAUGUGCAAUUCUUGGAAGUCACAGUGCUGUAUAAUAUGAACUGUAUAAAUGUCAGCUCCUUGGGGUUGUAUUAAUCGUUGAACUUACUGAUAAAAGAAGCUACAACAAUGCCAACAAGAUGUAAUCUUCUCUCUACCUUUCGACCCUGAAAGGUAACUUGAAAUUUAUAUAUUUUUUCAUCUCUGUAUUCAUUCACUUUGACUGCUCUACCUGUCUAAACCAAGACAAACUGAGUGGAAAUUAUGCAUAAAUUUAUACUACGUACCACUGUCAGGCAUCCAGUUUUGUCAUGCCUGAUGUUUUAUGACAAUGACAUUUAUUUAUGGACCAGACCAAAGUACUGCCAUUCUUCAUCAAGAACAGACGGUCUCUCUUUGUUUGGUAACAUGUAAAUUGCUCUUCAGUGAGACAAAUAAUGCCUCAACAAAUUUCAACUUUUCUUAUGGAUUUGGCAGAGAUUCCUGGAAGGCUAUUUGCUUCUUUCAUAUUUUAAAGAAGCGAGAGUAUGUAGGGUACAGGUUCAUUCCAAACUCCCUGAUCAAGCAAGGUGAUCAAGUUUGCAAGGCAGAAGCUAAAAACUUAAAUUGCUGAUGUGGAACAUAAAGCAUAGCUGCAAAUGUUUUUGUAAAUACACAUCAUUUUAUGGCUUAUAUGAAUGUGACUAUGUACUGUAUAUAUGUUUUAUUUAUAUAUUUAUAUAUGCUGAAUUUCGUAAUGUUGAUAGGAUCACAUGGACCAGACCCACUUAGGUGAGAGUGCUUGCAUGUUGACUUGAAAUGCCUCUUUGUUCCAGUAUGAAUCACUGUAAGGGCUCUUGAACUGAGAGUACCCUGGGACUUCCACUGUAAUUUCUUUUUCUGUUUUCAACUUAGGUUUGUGAUUUAGAUGAAGAAAAUCUGUGUAUUUUAAGGCAGGUAUAUAGGUUUUCUAGAAAAUGUUGGGAUUUCUUUUCAGAUAAACAAAAAUGAAUACAUUAAGAGACUUUGCUACAGGAUUUUGGCAUCACUGUUUUCAGUACAGGGUUUGUUUUUUACCUUUCUGUAUUCAGCAUGUCUGCAAGUAUGAGGAAGUUUUCAGAGUGCUGAGUUUCAAAAAGCAAGACUUAACCCACCAUACUCCAAUUAAUGCCACUACAAGAACUACUGUGGGAAUCUGCAUUUCUGUUUGCUGUCUUGAAACGAUAUUGUCAUUGGUUUUUAAUGGGGUUUAUCUUCAAAAAAAAUAUAGCAUAUUCACCUGUUCUUAUCAGAGAAAUAUUUUAUUGUAUCUUGAUCAAGAAAACAAAUAAUAGUAACAUGAAAUAUUUUCCACCUGCUAAGCAAGAGUUCCAAUUUUUGAGAUUGCAUUGUUAACAGUCAGCAGGUUUCCUUUGAUACAGACAUUACUGGAGAAGGAUUGGGCAGAUGGUAGUUGGUUGAAUGCAGAGCUGCGCUCAGGAUAGCAUAAUUGCCUCAGUUAUAGAAGGUUUUAGGAGUGCGAGGGUCAGGACCGAUGUUGGGAUAGGACUUAAUUAUUGGAGUUAGUCUGCUGGUGGGGAUCAGAAGUUAGGUGCUACCUACAAGUGGGUAGCAACAACUUAGUGGGGAAGCAGGUAAAAAAACUGAGGUUGUUCAAAAACUAAUAUUACCAGAAAAUCAUUGUACAAGUGAUAAUUUUAUUAUUUCACUUAUUCUAAUUGGAAGUUGAUGGAAAUUGAGCACAAUACAUGGUGAAAUUUGUUUUCCAGUAAUCCCUCACUAAACAUGAGACCAUUUUACAGACUUAGCUUUCAUUAUUCCCAGAAGACCUUCUUAACAGUGGCCAUCUUUGAGCAUUAAGGAUAGGGGAGGGAUAGCCCUUGAAUUUGACAUAAUGUCCCUUAACUGCUGAGCACACAAUGAAGGUUAGGAGGGCAGGAUUUAAUCUACUUAUUCCCUCUGAAUUUUAGCUAUCUGCCAAUAAAUAAUUGAUGAAUAAUGGAAGUCAAGUUGCUGUACGCUUCAGAUUUAUUCUUGUUAGUGCAGACCAUGCAGAAACAAAGCAUGGAAAUACAAUUUCUUUUCAAAAGCAUCUUCACUAAUUAGAUCUUAAAAACAAACACAUGCUUAAUUGUUCUGUUGAACUGUGCCAGACUAGCCAGUGCCUUGCAGUUCUGUGUAAAGUCUUAGCCAACUCCAUUUGCUGAAGUGGGUUUGAACUACACUAAGGAAAGCACUAGGGAGCCUAUACACACUUUUUCACGCUGUUUAUAUCAAGACAUAAAAAACAGAUUUCUUAAAUGCAGAAACUAAUGACCUCAGACUGCCUGAAUUCUGCUAUUUGUUUUAAUUAGAUAAAAUAGCAUAAAAUAACUUUUAAAUUACUCUCUUUCCAAUGGUCAGUAGGUUAUUAUUGUUGAGCUAUUGAGUUUUUGGAAAUUUUAGGAUGGGUUGUAUCACCCUCUUAGAAAAGAGCAGAAAAUUAUUGAUCAGGGUUACUUUUAAUUCAGUUAUUAUUUUAGAGAAUUCCUGUGUGUUCUGGAAAAAUUUAUGGCUCUGAUGCAAGUGUAGUGUUGAAAGCCUAUCUCCAUUCUCUUCAGCUGCUUUUUAGACCCCAAACAAAUGGAAAGCAUGGGAAAUAAGAAGUGAACAUAUUAAUAAAGUAGGAUUAAUUUUCUAGCAUUUUUAAUUAAUGCAACAAUUUUCACCUGGAUUCAUCAAACAAUUCAUCCAUUCAGCAAUGUGAAAGACAGCUGGAGAAGAACAAUGCAUGGGACAAUGGCUGCAACUGGUGGAUGCGAUGGGGAGCCAUGUCAGCAGGAGAAACCUGGACAACUGUUUGCUCUGCUCAGUCAUAUUCAGGAUAAGUGGUACCUGAGCAUAAAUUCUAUUGGUCUCAGUUUGGAGGGACUGCAUUAUUGACUCCUACUGUAGGGAAACGUUGCGUCCUUGCUAAUGUCCAAAAAUCUCAAGGGAAUUUUUUAAUGUAUUUUUCAGGAGAAAGUGUGUGUAUGAGAUGCGCACACACGCAAGCAUUCCUUUGUCAGUAAAACCUUUUUGCAUUAGUGCAGUAAGUCCAGCUACACAGAUUUUGGAGUAACUAAUCACAAUAUCUAAUUUCAUCUGUUUCUGCAGCCUGUCUCUGGUAGCUUUUCUGGAAAUCAAAUCUCUCCCUCUUUUGGGGCUAUAGAUCUCAUGAGCUACCAGCACGAGAUGAUAUCACAUUUCUUUGCCUAAUAUGGGAAAGGUGUCAUGCUGGGUUUGAGAAUUGUUUCUGCAUAUAAUUCUGAUGAUCUACUUAAUACUGGGUUCCACUGGAAACAGGAAUAAAUUAUGUAAUACAACCACUUUUUUUGCAGAUAAUUUUCUUUUUGGAGAAAACCACCCUAUGGGAAAAGAGAUUGCUUUAGGUCAGUUAGGGGUGAAGGGAAAAAAAAAGAGGUGAUAUUUGGCUUAAAAUUAUGUAGAAUGUGGGAAUUUAAAAUUAGUUAUAACUGGAAAAAAAGUAUAGGCAUGCUGUGUCUAAUAUGUAAGCCUGUGAUCUUACUUGUCUGCUACAAAUUUAACAUGAAAACUUGUAUUUUAUAUCUGUUAAAGUAUCAAGGAAGUCCGGGUAAGGAAAAUUCUUGAGCUGUGGUGGAAAUUUCCCCCCCUGCCUCCCUAUAUAUUUUGGUGGCACGGGAGUGACUAAUGCAAUGACAGCCUCUGCUAGCCUUAUUUAUGUAAGAGAUGCCUUUCUGUUAACAGGAAACCAGAGUGGUUUUCUUGUAGUAAUAGUGCCAAAGUGGUAUUUCCUGUUUCAUGUGGGACAUUUUGAAGCAGCAGACAUUUUAAGAUGUCAUUCACCAUUUCCUUAAACACUUGAUUUAUCCUAUUUUGAUCUGCUCCAAGCUUUCAUGUUCUUGCUUUUUCAAAACUAGCUCCUCUACUAACUGAUAUAAAAAUUGAGGUGACAAACAGAACAAAAAUUCUCUCAGCUAUGAUCUAUGAAAUUCUUGUUUCUGUGUCUAAGAGUGACAGGAACUAAGCCUGCCAAAAGCUAAGCAUUCCAACACUGAAAAAAGGUUGACAGGUGUUAAGGAGAGUACUAAAUUUCAUGAAAUUUGCUGUGAGUAAAAAUGCAAAAUCUGUCUGCUCUGAAAAAAUGAUUGUUUUUCUAUUUUAUUUCUCUCUGGUAAAAAUCUAGGGGAGUGGCUUAUUGAGCUGGCAGAAAAUUAAAAAUAGAUUAUGCGUGUAAUUCCUUAAAAGUUCAUCAUCCUUAAUGAAUUACCAUGAAAUGAUUUAUUUUAUGUUACUCAGCCUUUAACACUGAAAAUCCAUUUCCUUGGGAUACCAUUCUAGCUACCACAGUGUCAGGGGCUUAUGUACCCCACCUGGUACAUAUGAAGUCCAUUUUGGGGAUAUAAGUUUGUUACAUUUCUAUAGGGCAAAUAGCUUAUAUAAUUAGACCAUAUCUUAGGAAUUGUAUGAAUUCUAGUGCUCCCUGGGUCCUAGAUGCCCCAGGACCUGCACACAUUAUUCUGGAUCUUGAAGUUGCUUAUGAUUGCUUUACUUCUCCCAUCUUAAAAUAAAGAAAAGAAGAUAGGAAAACAUAUCUCCAACUAUCAUGUAAAAACAGACUACUGCUAAUCUAGUAGACUCUGUGUAGACAGGGAAAGCCAUACCUAAAGGAAUAUCUGCUAGGAUAUCUACUAUGCAGGGGCAGGGCCUGCAGCAGUAGGAAGGUAUUACUGUGUACUAACAGUACUCCAGCUCCUAAAUCCAUUUUAUUCACUAGUUGCAAACUCAAGGCACAGUGUUUGCACUCAGCACUGCCUUUUCACUGCUUGUUGCCCACAUGUGUGACUUGAUUUUAAUGUAAUGAUACUCACAGCUUGGGGAACGAGAGCCUUAUGUUUGCACUUGUCAAUUAAAGUUGAAAUGAGGGAGCAUUUUGCUUAGCCUUUUUUUUUUCCCACUGCAGAUUUUUCAGUUUGCUGCUACACACUAAGAUAGGACCUGCUGCUUCCUAAAGACAAGCAAAUUCUCUUUGGGGCUAUUAUUAAUAGUAAAUUGAGUAAUUUGGAGCCAGGAAGAAUCAGGGAGUAGUUUGAGUGAGGAAUGCUUUCCACUGGCUGGCAAUGCAGUUUUGGGAGUUCUGUUUUUAAAUUACCUAAUUCUCUUUCAUUGGUUGCUGUAGCCACCCCUAAGGAAGGGUACCUUAUGCUUUAUUGUCUCUUCUGAAAGGCUUGAGACAUGGUCAGAUUGUUUCAACUCUCAGAGCAGUCAGUUUCGAUUAAAAAGGAACUGGGAUCUUUGUCAGAAGUUUUGGUUUAGCUGGCCAGGCCAAACAGACAGAAGCACCACAGAGGUGUGUUUCCUAUGAAGUGAGCUCAUCUAAGGGCUCAGCUGCACAGAAAGAAGCGCACUCCGUCCUUCUCUCUUCCUCCAACAUCCUACAUACUCCCACUUCUUGCUUCAUGCUGCUCUGCCCAUUGCUUGGCAUCUCUGUUAGCUCAGUGGAGUCAGGCAGCAAGGAACUACCCAACAAGAUGGAUAAUUGUCUAUGGUAAUAGUGAGUAACGUUGGCUUAUGGAGAAAUUCAGUACCUGCCAGAGCCAUUACAAGGGAGGAAGAUGCAUUGUGUGGGCAGAGAAAAGAAGGGGACCUCUUCCUCUUAGGAGGAGAGCGUUGUCUUGGUGCAGCUUCCCACAAAGCUUCACUUUCACCAAGUGAUGCUUUUGUUUUUCUUUUACUUUGCAACAUGUGGUUGUGAAAACAACAUGAGGCACCAAUUUCCAUGUGGGGUUUACCAUGAUCUCAGCAUCUGCUUUUGCUUUCCCUGAUUCACGCAGAGCCAAAUAUUUCUGCUACCUCUUUUAUUUCUGGGUAUGAAAGCCAAAAUCCUACAAAAACAAACACCAUUUCCUUAGGAUCUUUCCUUGCGUGCUUGCUGCAGGAAUUCUGAUGCAGGCCUGUGAGAGAAAGUAGCUGGAGCACUGUACAUCCACCAGUUUACACUAGUAAGGAAACAGCACCUUAUAGGCUUGAUCAGUCUUCCAGUAUUUGAUACGCACUAUCCUGUGCUAGCACAAAAUUUAAUAGUUUCCGAAGUUUUAUAAAAAGAGAAAUGAAGUUUCUCAUUAUGAUUCAGGUACUUGUUUUUUAUCUGCUUAAAAAUAAUAAUAAAAAAAUUCUGGGCUUUCCUUGGCAUUCACACAUUCCCAAUGAGAUAGAAGAUGACAUGUUUACUGGUGAGAAAGAGGAGAUGUGGCCAUCCAGUUCCAUUCUCGGCAUCUGACUUGUCGUGUUUCAUCCUUUAAUAUUUUGGAAAGGGCUCAUAAUUUUUCUGACAUUAUCAUAAGCUGGAAGUGAGUACUUACUGCUACCUAUCAAGGAGAAAUUACCUGUAUUAUUUUCUUGUGCUUAAGAUAUGUUUUAGUUAUUGCUACUAAAGGAUAUUUAAAACUGUGUGAUACAAACACUGAUAGUACAUGGGAUACUGAUCAUGGUAACAAGCUGCUCUUUUAUUUUGAUGUGAAAAUAUACAUCUUCCCUCUUCUAAAUCCUAAGCAGACCGGUGCCUUUCUCUGGCAAACAUUCAGGUUCUCUAUGUAGUGCCUUUGGGAAAAUACGUUGCUCUGCAAACAGUUUUCAGCGUUUUUUCUGAUAGAGAAAACUUAUCUCUUAGCACAGCCUGCUGGCUGUUAAUGACACAGCAAGCAAAAUAUAAAAUCAUGCUAUUAUAUGUGAGAGGGGAAGUGAUAGUAUUACUGCUGUAGGUGUGAUAGUCUCACUCUCCUGUAGAGCAAGUUCUAGAGUAAGGUGAGAGUGGUUACUGCAGGUGGGAAGUGGAGGUACUGUCUGGCACACCGGCCCACUGUAGGUUUGAAAUAAUAGCAGUAAAUUGAAGCAAAGUGCAGUCUGAAAGGGAAAAAUGUUCUGUGCAGAGAUGGAUGCUAGAAAGAGAGAGAAGAUAUAUCUGGAUGGGGAAAGGAAAUGAGUGCGUGCAGAAUGGGAGACAAAACCUGUUAUUAAACUCGUGUCUCAGACUGGAUGAUUUUUAGUAUCUGGUUAUUUAACAUUGAUGAAUUUCAGCCAGCUCUGUAGGCCACCCUAAAAGAUCAGAGUUGAAAAGUCAUAGGUUGUUUUGUCAAAAAUGUUCAUAUGGUGAUGUUAAGGACAAUGGCACAAAAUAUCUGUGCAGUCUAGUAAAACCCAAAACCAUGGCCAUGAUAUGGCACAUGAAGACAGCUGAAAAUUCAGAGUUAUCUCCAGAUGUAGUCCUUGCAAAGGUAACCAUCUUCCAAUCAUCUGCUGGAAUAUUUGUGUUCUUACAGAUCUGCUGCUAAAGUAUAAGGUACAUUUCUAAGGUGUGCAUUUUCUUAACUCUUAUUUUUAUUACAGGCAGUAAAUUCUUGGCUAGCACUUAAGCUCAUAAAUUAUAGCAGUAGUGAAAAUGGCCCAGGUGGUGGUGUUCUUUUCUGUGUGAUUUGAGAAUUUCACUCUACAAAUGCCAGAAGGAGUCAUGAAUAAAAUUCCAUACUGCUGUAAAACA